GAAAACAAAGUUUGACAGAGCAGUUCGGCGCAUGUGUGGUUGCGAAAACACGCUGUAUUUCCUCCUUUAACGUGGCGAAAUUGGGACAGUGUGGAUUUGGAGGAGAUUUAAUGACAUCAGGGGAGAAAAUGAAGGAACAGGGCUCGUGGUUUCAUGUAUAAUAUACACGUGUGUGUGAACAACAGUGAGGGGUUGAAGAAGUGGGGCGGGUUGCGUCAAUGAAAGGCUCUGGCUGCUCGCUGAAGUUGGUAAAUAAGGCUUGACCUCGUGGUGGAGAGAGAGAGAGAGAGAGAGAGAGAGAGACAAACUGGAUUAAACACAGCAGCAGGAGGAGGAAGAGGAAGAGGAGGAGGACGACUGCGACCUGCAGCCACUUACUGCCACCUUCCAGUGGGAGAGGAGGCUCCCGUGAAGCUUCUGGUUCUGGUUCUGGUUCUGACUCAAUCACACUCGUCCCUCGCUGCUUGAGCCUCGUUCGACACAGUUGGAGGAAACGAGCGACCUUGCAGGAGAGCUGCUGUCCACCAUGGCAGGCGAUAUGAUGUUACUGAUGCGAGGCUUGGCCAAGUUGAGCCAGGCGGUCGCAGAGACUCAGGGAACCGCCCUCCGCAGUGGAGCAGGACUCCCAAUAGUCGGUGCUGCUGUCCAAGGUGUCCAGUCGGCAGCUGAACAAGGCCUCUCUGCUGCUAUGAUGAAAGUGCAGGAGCUGUCUGGUCAGCAGCAGACCUCCUCAUCAGAGUCAGAAUACGACUUCCCGAAGGAUGACGGUGCGUUCGCAAGUUCACAGUUCAGAGAGGAAGGUGUUGACUUCACGGUGGAUCACACAGGAAGUGCUGAUGAAGCAGGAGACCAUCAGAGCACAGCAGCACCAGAAACGAGCCACGUCAGCGGGAAGCAAACGUUAUUUGAGGGGUACAAAGAUCCCAGCAAACAGUUCAGCGGACAGACCCGAUCUUACCACCAAGAUGUCAGACAUUUGGUUGGACAUCAACAUCUUUACAACCAAAGCCUGAACAGGCAUUUGUGGGGGCAGCUGCACUGUCAGCAUCAGGUCAGUCAGCACAGGAGCUACCAUCAGGAUCCGACCACCGUCGGAGGGCUGACGGCCGAAGACAUCGAGAAAGCGAGACAGAGAAAAAGCCCUGAGAUCAAACAACACAAACAGAUGCUGAGUGAGCGAGCCCGGGAGAGGAAAGUGCCAGUGACUCGGCUCAGCAGACUGGCCAACUUUGGAGGUCUCGCCGUAGGUUUGGGUAUCGGAGCACUGGCAGAAGUCGCCAAGAAGACCAUCAGACACAAUGGUGCGGCAGGUGAAAACAAGAAAGGCGUUCUGGACUCCAGCCCGUUCCUGUCCGAGGCCAACGCCGAGCGCAUCGUCAGGACGCUGUGCAAAGUCAGAGGAGCCGCAUUAAAACUGGGACAGAUGCUCAGCAUUCAAGAUGAUGCCUUCAUCAACCCUCAGCUGGCCAAGAUCUUUGAGCGAGUGCGACAGAGCGCCGACUUCAUGCCAAUCAAACAGAUGACGAAAGCGUUGAACAACGACUUGGGUCCUAACUGGAGGGACAAGCUGGAGUCCUUCGAGGAACGUCCGUUUGCCGCGGCGUCCAUUGGCCAGGUUCACCUGGCGAGGAUGAAGGAUGGCAGGGAGGUGGCCAUGAAAAUACAGUACCCCGGUGUGGCUCAGAGUAUCAACAGUGACGUCAACAACCUGAUGACGGUGCUGAGUAUGAGCAAUGCCCUGCCUGAAGGUCUGUUUCCAGAGCACCUGAUAGACGUCAUGAGAAAAGAGCUAACAUUAGAGUGCGAUUACAUCAGAGAGGCCCAAUGUGCAAAGAAAUUCAAGGAGCUUCUGAAGGACCAUCCGUUCUUCUACGUACCAGACGUGAUAGAUGAGCUGAGCAGUCGCCACGUCCUCACCACGGAGCUCGUGCCCGGGUUUCCCCUGGACCAGGCCGAUGACCUCUCUCAGGAGCUGAAGAACGAGAUCUGUUACAACAUCCUGAUGUUGUGCCUCAGGGAGCUGUUUGAGUUCAGGUACAUGCAGACGGACCCCAACUGGUCCAACUUCUUCUACGAUCCACAGACACACAGGGUGUCGCUGUUGGACUUCGGAGCCACGAGAGGAUUUGCUGAGAGUUUCACAGAUGUCUACAUAGAGAUAAUCCGUUCAGCUGCCGAGGGCAACAGAGAGGGAGUUCUGAAGAAAUCUAUCGAGAUGAAGUUCCUGACUGGGUUUGAGUCCAAGUCGAUGAUCAAUGCUCACGUCGACGCUGUGAUGAUCCUUGGCGAGGCCUUUGCCUCCGUGGAGGCCUUCGAAUUUGGCUCUCAGUCCACCACCGAGAGAAUCCACAACCUCAUCCCCGUGAUGCUCAAACAGCGGCUCACCCCGCCUCCAGAGGAGACGUACUCGCUCCACCGCAAGAUGGGCGGCUCGUUCCUCAUCUGCUCCCGGCUGAAUGCGAAGCUGAGGUGCAAGGACAUGUUUCAAACUGCAUAUGAGAAGUACUGGGAAGGCCGCACGAGGCCGCCCUCCGACUCGGCCUGAACCAGCCCCCGAGUCACAGGUGAUUUAAUGGACAGAUCCUGGGGCCAACGGUGAGGUCUGGGGGCUUGAAGACGCACAACUGCAGAGAGGAGGACCUGUUCUGGUCAUCGGGCACCAACUUAUCUUUCUCACUACGAUGAGUUUUUUAAGAGGCAUAUAUUUAGAGCCACCUGUUCAUAGUUUGAAAGGAGCAGCGACAUCUGGAGUGCUUUAAAACCGGACUCUAUAUCUGGCCCCCGAGAGAGGAGAUGGGAUGUGGAUAGAAGUAAAGAGCCCUCCCUGUGUAUUAAGGUUUAAAAUGAAUGUUUAAAAAAAAAAAAAAAAAAAAAAAAGGUUGGAAUUCUCCUGACGUGUUCAAGAAGGUUCGUGCAUUUUUUCUUUUGUUUUUUUGCGUUGCUGUGUUUUUUUUUGUUUUGUUUUUUUAUUGAAACGUUUGGAAAAAUCGCACAGACUGUCCUGUUCUGUUUGCUGUUUGCCAGAAAGUGGCUGAAAACAUGAAGCAUUGAUUGUAUUAAGGAAAAGGGACUGGAAGUAUAUUUAAAACCCGCAGUCAUGAAAUAACAGGGGUUAACACAGCACACAGGUAGCAUGAGUCACAGUGCUGACCAGGACCAACAUGUCUGGGUCACAGAUAUUUCUGUUUCCUUUGCUUUUCAAGGAAAUCUAACUAGAUCGUCUGGAUCGAAAUGUAGACAGCGAUCAAGUCCGGGUGAAUUUAACCGUUUGUAGAAGAUGUGACAAACUGGAAUUUGUCCACAUCUGUACACAAAAGGUCUGACUUUUAAUGUGUGUAGAUUUCAGUUGCUGUUAAUAGCUUGUAGCUUGUAAGGGAGAAAUCUGUGGGGCCGAAGAAAGUGACCAUUAACAGGAUCUAAAUGUGUUGGAGCGUGAUUUUACUCAGCUUGUCUCUCUGGAUGAAAGUCUGAAGAGCUUCGACUGUACAUGUUCAUGUCUCAGCUGAUUUUGUUUUCAGUGUCCAUAUCUGUCAGAUUUAGCUUCAAGUCCAGCUGAUAGUGCACAAUAGUGUUUUGUUUUUUUUUUGUUUUUUUAGCACCAAAGCAUGAUUGAUCUCAUCCAUCGUUAGUAUGAGAUUGUAUGAACAUAUAUAGAAAUGAAACCAUAUGGAUCCGCGUUGCUGACUGUAAGACGAUGAAGACGGUUUCAGUCGUGAAUGUUGAAUAAAAACCCACCGAGAUGGAAAGAAGCUCAUCCUGAUAAUCGCACAAAGCUCCAGCUCGUGUGGGCUCGCCUUUGCCUUGUGGGUAAUCUCUCCUCCACACGCCGCCCGUCCCCUCCCCCCCCCCUCCAGGUGUGAAAUCCAAACAUCACCUGGCUGGUUGUGUGUGGCUGUGAGAGAAUCUCUCUCUGCUCUGCUGUGUGAACGCACUUAUAACGGUCUCUGGAGUGAAGCUGGAGAAAGAGGGGAGGGGAAAAAAAAAAAAAAAAAGGUGCCUGUAGGCUUUUAGCUAAAACUCUCCUGACUUUAUAUUUCAUAUCAAGACUCGGUGAGAAGGUGGUUUGAAUUGUUUUCUAAUCGAGAUGCAUUCUUUACUGAAAGUUGUGAUAAAGAUGUUGUACGGAAAAAGAGUAAAUGUUUGAUCUACACUUGUCA